CUCCAUCCUUGUUUUUUAAAAUGAAAAGCGAAAGGGGUACGGGUACCCGCCACGGUCCGCAGAGACUCUGAACACCUCUGUGGGGGCAGGUGCAACCAGUUCCCUGGGAGUAUGACCCUGGACAACAGACUCAUGGAGGAGAAGGACUUUGGCGCGGUAGAACACACAAAGGCAAGAAAAGAAAAAAACAAGGACUAUUCACUGCUGGAGGAAGACGGGGAUGGCUUGGAGCAAAGCGCUGCGUCCUCCUUAACUCCAAAGUGUCUCGCGGAGCAGAGUUUGGCACAGAAGACUCACGCGAGCUCAGGCGGCAUCGCGGCUCCGCUGAAGCCACCGUAUUCAUACAUUGCUCUUAUUACCAUGGCAAUUCUUCAAAGCCCCAAAAAACGGCUUACCCUGAGUGAAAUAUGUGAUUUUAUAAGUAAUCGGUUUGCAUACUAUCGGGAAAAGUUCCCUGCGUGGCAAAACUCAAUUCGUCACAACUUGUCUCUAAACGACUGCUUUGUCAAAAUGCCCAGGGAGCCCGGGAAUCCAGGAAAGGGGAAUUAUUGGACGCUGGAUCCGAUGUCUGCCGAUAUGUUUGAAAAUGGAAGUUUUCUUCGGAGGAGAAAGCGUUUCAAGCGGCCACUCUUCCACGUUGGCGCGCCGAAGGACAGCGGGUGCUCUGCGCACGAGCGCAGCCCCGGGUUCCCCGUGUACGGAGCGCGCAGGGGAGUCUCUUGUCUGCAAGUGCCCAGACUAGAACUCUACCAGGAUAUGACCAUCGAAAGUCGUCCAAGUUUCCUCACGAGUCCCAAUGGUGGUCCUCCAGUAGGCAGCAUUGUCCCGGCGCUCUCAUCACUUUUCUCCAGAACAUCGGGCAACCCAAAGACGUUUCAUCCUUCGUUUGAUCCCUUUGAACCGGCGCGUGUCUCCCGUUUUCCUCCGUUUGGCCCGAGCUCCUUCCUAGUGCCUCCGGUCCCGCUGCACGGGAUGUUGCAAACGUAUCCUCCCGGGGGCCUCCAGUCCGAGUAUCACAAAUUAAGCUCUCUCUCCGGCCUCGGCCUUACCCAUAAACUCUUGAAACACCUUGGGAAUUAAUCUGACUGCGAGGCUUCUUCAUUGUGGUUAAAGAAAGCUACGUUUUAUUUUUUAGACUGUUGACAUGUGUAGAGUUGUAUAUUCAAGCCUUGACAAUUUUCAUUAGGUCUAUAUUUAUAUAGGCCGAAUUGAACGUCUCAUUCACAAAACAAUUGAUCAUUUAUUUCAAUAUUAUCCGGGAUUAUUCAUGUUUUUAUUAUUUACACCCUGAUUCAUUUAUAAUUUAACAUUUUAUAACAGUCCUUAUUAUAGGCCUAGCCAAUUACAUAAAUGCAUAUGCAAAUAGGCCUAACAUACAUAAA